CGAGCCCACAACAAUCCGAGCGUGCUGUUCUGCCUGCUAGCGACGUUGCGAGGAGGCAGCGUGCAGCCCGCAGCCGAGCGCACCUGGGGACAGCGCCCGGAGCUCUCAGCGCGCCAUGUUUCAGCCGAUCGAGCACGGCCAGGAGUGGGCAAUGGAGGGCCCCCGGGAUGGGCUGAAGAAGGAGCGGUUGCUGGAUGAUCGCCACGACAGCGGCCUGGACUCCAUGAAGGACGAGGAUUACGAGCAGAUGGUCAAGGAGCUGCGCGAGAUCCGCCUCGAGCCGCAGGAAGCGCCCCACGGCACCGAGCCCUGGAAGCAGCAGCUCACUGAGGACGGAGACUCGUUCCUGCACUUGGCCAUCAUCCAUGAAGAGAAGACACUGACCAUGGAAGUGAUUCGCCAGGUGAAAGGAGACCUAGCCUUCCUCAACUUCCAGAACAACUUGCAGCAGACUCCACUCCACUUGGCUGUGAUCACCAACCAGCCAGAAAUUGCUGAAGCACUUCUGGAAGCUGGCUGUGAUCCUGAGCUCCGAGACUUUCGAGGAAAUACCCCCCUACACCUUGCCUGUGAGCAUGGCUUUCUGGCAGGUAUAGGAGUCCUGACACAGAGCUGCACGACACAGCACCUCCAAUCCAUCCUGCAGGCCACUAACUACAAUGGGCACACAUGUCUGCACUUAGCCUCUAUUCAUGGCUACUUGGGCAUCGUGGAGUUUUUGGUGUCCUUGGGUGCCGAUGUCAAUGCUCAGGAGCCCUGUAAUGGCCGGACAGCCCUCCACCUGGCUGUGGACCUGCAGAAUCCCGACCUGGUGUCCCUCUUGUUGAAGUGUGGGGCAGAUGUCAACAGAGUUACCUACCAAGGGUACUCCCCAUACCAGCUCACCUGGGGCCGCCCAAGCACCCGAAUACAGCAGCAGCUGGGCCAGCUCACCCUGGAAAACCUUCAGAUGCUUCCUGAAAGUGAGGAUGAGGAGAGCUAUGACACAGAAUCAGAGUUCACAGAGGAUGAGCUGCCUUAUGAUGAUUGUGUGUUUGGAGGCCAGCGCCUGACAUUAUGAGUGGAAAAUAUUGAAAAGAACAUGGACUUGUAUAUUUGUACAAAACGAGAGCUUUAUUUUUCUAAAAAAAGAAAAAAGGAAAAAAAAAAAUUCAAAGGGAAUACUUACCAACACACUUCACACUGCCUGACCCCAAACAUUCUGCUGUGGUGGAUUA